AUGACAUCUAGACGAAAAUCAUUAGAAGUAACGAAACAAAAAAUAGUUAUCAUCAUAAUCGAUAAAGAUGGUAACAAACAAUUAGUAACUGAAUGUUUAGAAUCAUUGAAGAAAGAAUGCGAUCAACAUCGUAUUGAACGAUGUACAUCAUUUGAUGUUGCUUUCAAUUAUAUUAAACAAUUUGAUCAAAAUACAACCAUUAUUCUAAUUAUUAUAGGACGUUCAUAUGAAAGUUUAAAAGAUGUUAUGUUACAAAUUGAUUCAUUACCACAAAGAAUACGUAAUUGUUUUAUUUAUUCUACAGAACGUGAGAAUAUAGAAAAACCUACAACAACAUCAACACAUUAUGUUUUUGGUAAACGUCAAUUACUUUCUGCCAUUCGUGAUGUAUUAGAUGCACUUAAUUCGUCACCUAUUCAUAUUCAUUCAGAUCAAUAUACAUCAAUUACAGUACAUGAAAGUACAUUCAAUAAAUUAUUCAAUGCUAUGAAAUCAAUUCAAUUUAAAUUUCUUGCAUUUACAAUCAAAAUUUCUCAAAUGGAAGCUAUUUUAUCUCCAUCAAUUUUUCAAUUUAAAGCUUUGGCAGAAAUUAUUAGUUCACUGAAUAUGUUUCCACAUAUUAAACAAAAUGUUCAUGGUGAAUGUGAAUUAAUAUUAGAAGAACAUACUGGCAAACUUCUACUUAAAAUAAAAAAACUUCUCAUUGAAUUACCUAAACUUUUUGGAUUUGGAUGUGGUUUUACAGAUGUUGGCAGUUAUAUUCCUCCUAUUCCAUUGAAAGGUUUUAUUAAUUUUACACAUCCAUUCGAUUUGCCAGAUAUGUGUGAAACAAAACAAUUUAUGAUCAUUCCUCGAAAUCCACGAUUUAUUGUCGAAGAUAAACGUGCUACUUUUUCUGUACAAAUAGAUUAUGCUGAAGCAUCAUCUAGUGAUAAAAAUUAG